CUCAUAUCCAUUGUUGACCAUGCUGGGGACAAUCAGGCUCCUGUUGCUCCUCCCAACCCUCAUUUUAGCAGUUGAUUCUAUGACGACAAGAAAGAAUGCCCUACACGAUUUUCUGAAAACUCCUGGACAAGUAUUGGUCAAAAAGUCCCUGCCACAGAGGUCUAAGCGAAUGGAUACCAUUGGACAAUGUGCAAAGCGUUGUAUGAAAUACAAAGGAUUUGUUUGCAGGGCUUUUUAUUUUGCUAAAGGUGAGAAGCGGUGCUAUUGGCUGUCAUUUAAUAGCAAAACAAAAGGGGUGAAAGGGAGGCCAGACAAAGGAUUUGACCUUUACGAGAGAAAAGACUACAUUAGAGAAUGUAUUAUUGGAAAAGGUAAAAACUAUCGGGGUACAAAGUCAGUGACAGAAACUGGUCAGACCUGUCAACACUGGAAUUCAACAAUCCCACACGACCAUCGGUUUUUGCCUUCAACCAAUCGUGAUAAGAACCUGCAAGAGAACUACUGCAGGAAUCCAAGGGGUGAGGAAGGAGGUCCAUGGUGCUUCACGAUGGACCCAAGGACUCGUCUAGAGAGCUGCGCUAUUCCACAAUGUUCAGAAGUUGAAUGUAUAACAUGUAAUGGAGAAACUUACAGAGGACCCAUGGACCACACUGAGUCUGGAAAGGAAUGUCAGCGCUGGGACCUUCAGAUGCCACAUAAUCACAGAUUCAAUCCUGAACGAUUUCCAGAUAAAGGACUUGAUGAUAAUUAUUGUCGUAAUCCUAAUGGGCGUAUCAAACCUUGGUGUUAUACACUUGAUCCUCAUACCCCUUGGGAAUAUUGCGCCAUUAAAGAAUGUGUUCAUAAUUGUGAUCAUGAGUCGGAGGUGACUACAGAAUGCUUCAAGGGUCUUGGGGAGAGUUACAGAGGGAUCAUGAACACCACACCUUCAGGAAUCCCUUGCCAACGCUGGGAUCGGCAGUAUCCUCACCAUCAUAACUUCACCCCUGAGAACUAUAAGUGCAAGGACUUGAACAAAAAUUAUUGCAGGAAUCCUGAUGGAGCAGAAGCCCCCUGGUGCUUCACUACAGAUCCAGAAAUUCGAGUAGCUUACUGUUUUCAUAUCCCAAGAUGUGAGAAUAAGACUCCACUUUCAGAAGAGUGUUACCAAGGGACAGGAACAACCUAUAGAGGAACUGUAUCUAAAACCAGGACUGGGAUACGGUGUGCACCCUGGGUAAAUUACAACCAGGCUUUCAAACGAACCAUUUUUUACACCAAUUCUGAAAACCUGAUGGAGAACUAUUGUCGUAAUCCAGAUUCAGACAAACAUGGUCCCUGGUGCUACACUACUGACCCCCUCACUCCAUGGGACUACUGUGCAAUAGAAUCUUGUGACAAGACUCUCAAAUUAACCUCAACAGGCUCUCAAAAAUGUUCAAGUGGAAAGCAAACAAGAAUAAUAAAUGGAUUCCGAGCAAAUGCCAAAACGUCCAGCUGGAUGGUUAGCCUGAGACACAGGGAUACCCAUUUCUGUGGUGGAUCAUUGAUUGAAAGUAAUUGGGUUCUCACAGCCAAGCACUGUUUCUCCACAUGUAAACCAGACUUGAGGGGAUAUGAAGCUGUAAUGGGAAUUCUGAAAGAAGAUAAAAGUGAGGAAGCCCAUAAGCAAGUGAUGGAGAUAUCUCAGCUUGUCUGCGGACCAGAAGGAUCCAAUCUUGUAAUGUUGAAAUUGGCCAGACCAGUAAAAUCAACUGAUUAUGUUCACUGGAUUAAGCUGCCUCUAUCUGAAUGUGUCAUACGUGAAGGUGUCUAUUGUAAUAUUUCUGGAUGGGGAGAAACCAAAGGUACGGGUUAUGAAGGCGAACUAAAGGUAGCCCAGAUUCCAAUAGUUGGAAAUAAGAAAUGCAAUGAGUACCAUCAAGGAAAAGUCCAAAUUAAUGAAUCUGAAAUCUGUGCGGGAGAAGAAAAGGGCACUGUUGGUACAUGUGAGAGAGAUUAUGGUGGUCCUCUAGUCUGUGAAGAAGGUGACCAGUACCUAUUACAAGGUGUCAUAAUUCCUGGCCGAGGUUGUGCGAAACCAAAGCGUCCUGGAAUUUUUGUGAGGGUGUCGUACUAUGUUACAUGGAUAACGAAAGUUUUUAACACAUACAGAAAAAAUAACCACACAAGAUUAAUAUAAUGUAUGUCCACAGAAAUUCUUAAUUGUCAAAUACAUAAUUUAUCGAUUGAAGAUCCAUGUUGCUGCAGAAACUUAUCAAGUCUGUUGAUACUUUCCUUUACAAAUGAUUUAUCUGACCUUUUGUUCAUUCUUUGAUGUAGAUUAUAUCUGUAUAUCUGUAUGUGUUUUUGGAAGAGUUCCUGAGGUAACUUGAAAGAGCACAACUACAGCAAUGUAGACACACAUAAGGAAGCCUUUUAAACAUUUCAUGUAAAUGUAUAUCUUACAUUUGAAAAUCUUUUAUGUCUGUGUUUCUUCUUGCUGGAACAAUUGCAUGUCUGCCCUGAAGACAGACAUCACAGGAGACUCCUUAAAACGUUAACACUCUUAUUUCAAAUUAGUUUCUUAAAAAUUCUCUUGCUCAGCUUAAAAAUGUUGAUCAAAACCUUUGGCAUUGAAGUUGGGCAAGCAAAGAACUAGACUCUACAGUAAGAUGAUUGUUAUCUAUAGUUUAAACUUGGUUUGGGCUCAUUUAGGAGUAGUAGCCUUCCAACAAUUUAAUGUAAAUUUUCCAAGGAAAUUAUAUUUACGUUUUAUUUCAAUUUCUGCAACUUAGGGUUUCAAAAUGCUUCAUGUCUGCUGAACUGGAUUUAAAAUCAGCAUUUUAAGACUGAAACCUUCAUUAAAAUUUAAGUGCUACGUGGUUAUUCAAAUGUGGUCUGUGGAGGGUAGUAUUCAUCCCAUGGACUAAAAUGGUGUUAAAGCUAAUUCAUAUCACUUUUCAAAUUCAAACACAGAAAAAUAAUUUUAUUCACAUCCUGUUGUUAAUAAGGCAAUCAGAUGACUUGUACCUAAGCUCUGCUUAUUCCUUGAGUGAGCAAAACUGCCUCCAUGCUAUUAUGAAAAAGUGUCGUUUGCAGGAACACCUCUUGCAAACUGGCAGCAGAGAAAGGCAUUUCUACAAAUUUGUGUCCUAUUCCUAUUGUGAUGCCAUCUGUACACAGCCUUACUUCUUUAUUCAUCUGCCAAUCAGAUUUGGCCUUCUGGUUCUCAAUCAGAGAUUGCAGACCUGCGUGAUGCAGAGGGAUCUGGGCGUCUUAGUGCAUGAAUCGCAAAAGGCUAGUAUGCAGGUACAGCAAGUAAUUAGGAAAGCUAAUAGGAUGUUAUCAUUUAUUGCAGGGAAAUUGAAUACAAAAAUAGGGAGGUUGUGCUUUAGAUAUACAGAGCACUAGUGAGACCACUUCUGGGGCACUGUACAGGAUUAGUCAUUCUACAUAAGGAAGGAUGUAAAUGCGUUGGAAGCAAUUCAGAGAAGGCUUACCAGACUAAUGCUUGAAAUGGGUGGGUUGUCUUAUGAGGAACAAUUGGACUGGCUGGAAUUUAGAAGAGUAAGAGGUGGUUUGAUUGAAACCUAGAAGAUCCUGAGGGAUUUUGAUAGGCUGGAUGUAGAGUGGAUGUUUCUUCUUGCGGGAGAAUCUAGAACAAGGGGUCGCUGUUUAAAAAUAAGGGGUUGCCCAUUUAAAACGGAGAUGAGGUGAAAUUUCUUUCUCUGAGGGUCGUGAGUCUUUGGAAC